GAGAGGAGAAAGAGAGAGAGACAGAGAGAGAGAGAGAGAGAGAUUUGAAUUUCCCAUCUGGAAGGGGAGCGGUAGAACGUCAGGGCCCGGCUGAGGGGCGUGAUUGGAGGGCGCCUUCGGCAGCCGCCCGAGGCAGAAGCCGCGGCCCCAGCUCGCCUGGCGGAGUUGCACGCGGCGGCGGGAGCUGGAAUAGCAGAAGGAACCACCUCGUGGAGUCGGGCCGGAGCCCUGCAGUGGCUCAGACGGUUGCAGGGACCGCCAGGUUGUCACAUCUUCCCGAGCCAGGCCAGCCAGGAGCGCUGCAUGCAAAUCCUGCCGUGGGCUAGGGCACGCUAACCAGAGCCGGCGGCAUGGACUUCGUCAUGAAGCAGGCCCUUGGAGGGGCCACCAAGGACAUGGGGAAGAUGCUGGGGGGAGAGGAGGAGAAGGACCCUGACGCGCAGAAAAAGGAGGAGGAGCGGCAGGAGGCCCUGCGGCAGCAGGAGGAGGAGCGCAAGGCCAAGCACGCGCGCAUGGAGGCGGAGCGAGAGAAGGUCCGGCAGCAGAUCCGAGAUAAGUAUGGGCUGAAGAAGAAGGAGGAGAAGGAAGCAGAGGAGAAAGCAGCCCUGGAGCAGCCCUGCGAGGGGAGCCUGACCCGGCCCAAGAAGGCCAUCCCUGCGGGCUGCGGGGACGAGGAGGAGGAGGAAGAGGAGAGCAUCCUGGACACGGUGCUCAAAUACCUGCCCGGGCCGCUGCAGGACAUGUUCAAGAAGUAACCAGGCCUCCUGCCCCAGCCCACUCCACCUGUUACUACUUCUUUUUGGUUCUUUCUUUUCUUUUUAUUAGGUUAAGUCUCAAUUCU